AUGUAUUCAAUCAGACUUUGUAUGAGUUUGGUCCUGAUGAUAUGCAGCUGUAAUGAAACCAUGGGAUGCACAUGGAUGAGGACACAACCUAAGUCGUUGAGCAUGUUCAAAAGUUUCAUCAGCAAAUCCAUAACGGUGCUACAGGAAAAAGAUGACGGUGAACCUCUGAUCUCGUUGCCCAAUAAGCUAUACAGACAAUUUGAUGAUUUAAAGGCAGACGACCAGAUUGUCUUCAUUUCGCGAACUCUGAAAGCUAUAAUGCAUUUGUACAGCAGUGGUAAAUAUGAGUCCACCUUGGAAACAGAAAGAAUCGAUACGUUUAUCCAUUACCUCAGUCGUCAGACCAUGGAGCUGGAUCAAUGCAUAAAGGCUAUGAAUCCUACAUUAUCAAAGUCUGUUAAAAGAGCGAACAAAAAGAUGAACAGUCACUUUAAAUUCCUUAAGAAUUACUUGAAAGGCGAGGAAUUCAACGGAAAAGCCUGGAUAGAAAUAAAGAGAGUGGUGCUCGCACACCUGCGAAGAAUUGUCUUAACAUGAAGUACUAGCCAAUUGAGCGCCUUUGGAAAGAUUUAUUUACAAAUCAAUUUGAUUUACACAUUAUUCAUUUAUAAAGUAUUUA